AUGGCAUAUUCUCAAAUAUCCAUUGUGACGGCGGUUGUCGCCUUCGUCGUCUUGUUGGUGCGCAUCUUGCGCAUUGGUAGACGUCCAGCGGGAUAUCCUCCAGGACCUCCCACCGUGCCGCUUCUCGGUAACAUCCAUCUGAUGCCAACUCGCGAUGCGCAUCUCCAAUUCCAGAAAUGGGCCAGGGAAUACGGCCCCGUCUACAGCUUGAUGCUCGGAACCAAGGUGUUGAUCGUCCUUUCAAGUGAUGUUGCCGUCAAGGACCUUCUGGACAAGAAGAGUUCCACCUACAGUGACCGCCAGGACAUGUAUAUCGGACAGACUCUAUGCAGCGGUGGCCUCAGAUUGUUGAUGAUGCGCUAUGGUCCUGACUGGCGAAGAUUCCGAAAGCUCAUUCACGGCAUCCUCAACAUCUCGGCCGCGAAGACAUAUGUUCCAUACCAGAUGCUUGAGAACAAGCAGAUGUUGUAUGACAUCCUCACCGCUCCUGAUGACUUCCUCUACCACAUCCGUCGCUACUCCAACUCUCUUACCACCAUGAUGACUUUCGGCUGGAGGACUCACUCAGAAGAGGACCCCAACUUCAAACAACUCUUUAACGGCUUUAACGAAUUUGCCGUGCUCAACCAAACUGGAACCGCAGCGCUGAUCGAUUACUUCCCUAUCCUCCGGCGCCUCCCCGAAUUCAUCCUUCCUGCCCAGGCCAAAGCACGCGCAUUACAUCAGAAAGAGAAGAAGUUGUACCUCAAACACUGGAUGAAUGCUAAGAAGGCUAUGACCGAGGGCAAGGGUACCCCAUGCUUCUGCGCGGACCUGCUUCGAUCUCAAGAAAAGGAAGGAUUUAGUGACGACCAGGCCAGCUAUAUCUCCGGCACUCUUCUCGAGGCUGGAAGUGACACUACUAGCAGUACCUUGUACGGAUUUGUUCAGGCCAUGGUGCUGUUCCCCGAGGUUCAGAAGAGAGCCCAAGCCGAGAUUGACCGCGUUGUCGGACCUGACCGUCUGCCGACCAUGGACGAUGAAAUGAACUUACAGUACAUCCGGGGUUGCAUGAAGGAAUCACUACGAUGGAUGCCUACUACUAUUCUCGGAGCUGUGCCGCACGCGGCAUCGGCUGAUGAUACAUACAUGGGCUAUCUGAUCCCUAAGGGAGCCGGUGUGUUGAACAACGUCUACACGAUCAACAUGGACCCUCAACGGUUCCCUAACCCACGAGAAUUCAACCCCGACCGAUACAAGGAUGACUUCCAGAGUCUGGGCGAGUCCGCUGCCAACCCGGACCCUGCGGCACGAGACCAGUUUACAUUCGGCGCUGGACGACGUAUCUGUCCUGGCAUCCACGUUGCGGAGCGCAGUCUGUUUUUAGGAAUCUCGAGAAUGCUGUGGGCGUUUGAUAUCAAGCCAGCUCUGGAUGCGCAAGGCAAGCCCAUCUACCCGGACCCUGAGAAGUUGACCCAAGGAUUCGUGUGCAUGCCGGAAGAAUUCCCAGCGAGGAUUAUCCCGCGAUCAAAGGAGAGAGCUGCCGUGGUGACCAAGGACUGGGAGGAUGCGAAGAAGCUGAUUGAUCCCGUGACCAAGCAAUGGAAGCAAAUACCAGAGGGCAUGGUGUUGCCGCCGCUCCCAGUUUAG